UCGCAGAAUUGUACAAGUCGAAGUCAGAACUAAUCUUAACACGCGAACUUAAAUAAAAAUUGACUCGAUUAAUAUAUUUAAAUCAGACUAAUUAUAUUAAUGAUAUAAUUGAUAAUUAAGAUCUUGAUAAACCGCAAUAGCUAACCUAGCAAAUUAAUACCCACAAUUUUAGUAAAUAAAUCCUCAUCAUAUGACGCAAACUAUUUUCUUGAGGGUGCUUCCGUGAAACUUCACGGCCCUGGUCACGAACCAGCAGUCGAAGGUCGAGUAGUAUAGUGGUAGAUGGUAACGACGUGAAACGUGACGCAUAUAGUAACAGUGUACGUCGAGGGGGAUGUACUGGUAUGUGGAGUGUAGAGAAUCGACGUCGGGAACCAGCACAGGGUGGCUGACUUCGUCGAAGCGACGCGACGUCAGGGUGGAUUCACGGGGUGGUUGGUAGUCGCGUGCUCUCAUCGUCAGGUGAACAACUUUUGUAUGGAUAUAAUCGGUUUACCAAAUACUUUUCUGAGUUACUGUUACCCGUAUCGGGAUCCAGCCACGUCUCCGUGGCACGCAGAACUUCUGCAUCGUCCAUAACUGCUCACGUAUGUAGCACGUGUUCCCUUACACGCGAUGCUCGUGAUUUGUUCGUCCUUUUAUUAAGAGGAAGACACCGGGACCGAGAUGGCGCAGGAUAUCCCGGAGGCGACGUACGUACCGGAAGUGGAGGAGGAUGCGAGAAAGGAACGAGAACGGCGAGCUGUUGAAGAGGGAACGGCCUCAUGGAGACGACGAAAGGAGGAGUUGCAACGUCAAAAGCACCGUGAACAGCGAGAACUCCAGCAAAUCUUGGAGAAUUAUUCGCCUUGGGGUAAACCAGGUGGCGGUGCUCCUUGUGCUGCAACCCUUAGAAAGAAAAACGUUCCUCUAGAACCUCCAGAAUUAUCAAAGUGUCAUAAUUUCAGCCAGGGCUGUACGAGCAAUUCAACCAUCGAAAGGCUACACAGAAGGAGUAUUAAUCCUUUGCCCGUCACGAAUAUGAACAAGUUCUUUGAUGAUAAAGCAGAACCAGGUAUUGCUACGGAUAUGCAGCUGAUACAGGAUUCAAAAAAUCCCUACAACGAGGAAGUUCAGGUGUACGAAUUGACCGGGGGUGUGGAAUUGGUCCCUCUUUUAACUAGCAGACGAUAUUGCUCGCAAUCGCAAUCGCAAAACAAUCGUCACGUUGCUACCGAUGCCACUCGUCCUGGAUAUACGAUGGACCCAUUGCGAUCGUUGGAGGUUGAGAAUCGCGAAUACAUCGCUGAACUCGCCGAGCAAGUGCAACGAAAACGAGAGAAGGCAUUGGAGGAACAAAAGAUUGAGUUGGAAAGCUGUCGAAGACAUUUCGAUACCUGGAGAAAGUUGUGGGGUCGGCCGGGUCACGGUGCACCCAUAGAUCACGCCCAUCGUAACAAUCUCUACAACAUUCUCUACCAUUCAGCUAUCUAUUGAAUUUCUACUUGCUGCACUGUGCAAAAUCAGAACUGCAUCUUCCACUUACUUUUCGUGCAAUGGAGGAACUUGUACGAAAUCUCUUUAUGUUACGGGAAGAAUUGCUACAGGACGAACAACUAUAAAAGAUAAUAGGUUCGCGAUUCUACAAUACAAUACGACGAUAGAACGACGGAGUUGCAGGUUUCUUAGGAGAAUAGAUCUAGAAAGAAUGGAAUUUAGUAAGUCUUCGAGUUGAUAGAGAAAUGAUGGGUUGUUAUGAAAUAGUUUGAAGCUGUUUGCAGUGAAACAAGAAGAGAAUGAAUCGAAAGUUGUGGAUCAGAAGCGUUCAGCGUGACACGAUGUAACUUAAUAGGUGGAAGUAUGGAAAUGAUGAUAAUGUGUAUGAUAAUACGCGAAGCAGUGUAUACUGCGAAAUUAAUUAGAGAUUUUGUAGAAUGGAGAAUGGACCGCGGUGAAUGUAGAAUUAGUUAACAAGAUUUUAAUUGUGCUUUCGAGUUUCACACAGAUUCACGUCUUUAUUAUUUAACGCCGUAUCUCGUUAUUUUGAAAAAAAAAAAACACCAGAAAUAGCGUGUUUUAAUAUUUUACAUGCGUAUUAGGCACACGUCGCCAUAAAUGUAUAUCGAACUAGGUCGAAUUAGUCGUGUUUGCACGCGUGCGGGAGACGCUCUAUUUUGAGUUGUUUUUUAAAUAUUUCGUCUGUCCAUAGAAAUAUGGAAGAGAAAUCAGUACGAAUGGUUUUCGCAAGGUAAUACAUGUCGAAUCGAGUGAGAAGAGAUGUCGGGUGAGCUAUUAAAUUUUAUGAAAGUUCUCCAAGAGACGUUUGAUAAGAUAGAAACGUGCUACGAUUGACCACAUUUCAAAGGAGCAAUCUCGAGAGAACGUGACUACCCUUCAAGCCGAUGAUUUUUAAAUUUCAUGAAAGCCAAAGAAUUUGGAUCUAUUCGUAUGCGUGUGUUUUGUGCGUGUAAACGCGUUGACUGAUCCAGGGAUUCCAACUUCGAAGAUAGUCAAAAGAAAUGAAUCGCUGCUGUCGAUACAGCUGUCCUCGAAAACCUUUAUUGGUUGCUUCGGUUCACGAGCAUCAAAGGACGAAAGCUAACGGGUGAGAGGAGAGAGGAAAGAGAAACAGCCGGGCUUAUAAAACAGUUUGCAAUAUCACAUGCCAUGCUAAAUGGUUGUGCGUUUGAACACGGCGUUCAAAGAUCUCCAGUGUUCUAUAAUAUUUCAGGAAAAUACUCGAUAGAGGUUCAACCUGAAAUGCUCUCGUUACUUGUGUUGCAUUGAAAUUAAACGAAAUUGCAUUUAAACGAUCUGGGAUACAUAAAUACAGAUAUGAUUAAAAAACAAAUUUUCGCUUUAUUUUACAAACAAGAUAUAAAGUGGGAGAAGUAAUAUCGUAUAAAGUGUACCUUUCACAUCCUGCAAGUUCUAUGUCUGUUUCCUCGUUCCUGUAAAGAUGAUUUCUUCCUAUUUGAAUAUUUAUUGGUAAAAUAUUACACAUUACUCGAACGAAAAUAAUUUAGUACAAAAUAUAUGAAAAUUAUUUUUUCGUUAGAAACACUGAUUGUUAUUAAUAAAAGCACAUGUAAAGUAUAAUGAACCUAACUAACAAUAAGAGAGUUAUUCAAUCCUCGAGCAAACGUCUGCAGGUUUCUCUAUUGAACAUCGGCUCAGUAAUACGUUAAUUAAAUUAACGAUUAAUGAUCAAUUAGUGGCCAAUCUGAGAAGAAAGACAGAAUCCGCUCGAUUCUACUGGGCGCCUCGAAUUUAAUUUGGAUGUUGUUCCGACAGCACGGUGCAGUUUCUAUUCCUAAACGUGUACCUUUGUUCCGCCGCCGGGCAUAGAGAACGCUAGUUUCAUCCUUUCCAGGGUACGUUUUCCUCCCCCUAGGAAGCCACGGAAUCCAGCGCUGUCGCGCAUCUCUCUGGUUACGAUCUCUCCGUCCGAGCCGCAGCCACCGCCGGCCGAAAGCUACGCUUUCCCCAUUGUCUGACUAUUGUAUUCCGUUACCACUGUGUGUCCGUUCGUUUGUAUAAGAGUGAUUCAUUUUCCGCGAAAUAUCAGUUCCUGCGCCGCAUGAAUUGCAACUCGCACGGCCGCGUAAAACCGCCGCGCAUUGCAAACCCUUCCUCCCUUCAACACAUCCACCCCUGUAUUCCACCCUUUUCCUCUCGUUGUCCUCCUCUUCUAUAUCGUUUAUUCAUUUCUAUCUCUUUUCGUAGAGAACGCGCAUUGUCGCGAAAUUGGGUCGGUCGCUUGCCUGAAAUGAGAUACGCGACCAGUGUCGGUGUCGGUGAAAAUUGGUCAUUGCUAUCUCGUUUUCUCCUACAUUUCCCCCUCCCCCUUUUUUGUACCCUCUUUCUUUCGCGUCCCUGUUUGACGCGUAUUUAGGGAGCGACGCAGAAUGGAAAAACAUCGCCCUUCCUUCCGGUUAGUUGUUCGUGGAAGACUCUUUAAUUUCCGGCUGAACAUUCGAGGAGAGCCGAAUCGCAACCACAGAUCGCGUAUCCCAAGUGUACUUGGCAUUGUACCCUUAAACAGGGAUUGCAAAGCUACCGUAUGAAUUUAUUUUUAAAAAUUAACAAAGGUUCUACAGCCCUGAAAUAAAAAUUCCAAUGUAUAUUUAUUUACCAGCGUUUAAAUAAGUUUUAUGUACAUUUAUAUAUGUAAGUUUAAUAACAUGAAUUGGAAAUUAUAUUUAAAAGGUUAUUUUUACGAUAAUCACACAGGUAAUAGUGUCGAAUGGCGGAUAUAAUUUGCUAGCUCUUCUUCCACUCGUCCCAGAAACGUCAUCAUUUUUCCUAUGUCCUCUUCUUUCUGGGCCAUACACCAUCUCUUUCCAUAUCAGUUGGAUUGUGAACACGACAUCGAUAACAAGUUUGACAGUUUCGUGUAUGGAUAGGAAUACAUGCUCGUAUAUUCCGUUCGCACGUGAUGCUCUGCGCGCAUAGAAAAUGCACGUGUAUUGCAAUAGUAUAUCGAUAGUUUGGUGUGCGUGGAAUAUAGUUUUCGCGUGUAUGCCUUUUCUUUUACGUGCGAAAAUCUGGAUUAAAGGGAUACUUUUUGGAAUCUGAUGCAACAUCGUGUUAUGGUCUACGAACGGUGAGCCAUAAUUCUUGUUUCUGAUUCUUUUUUUCUCGGUGUCUCGUAAAUAAUUAUUCGCGUAUCGUUCGAGUUCGAAUAAAAAUUAAUAGCAGCGCACGGGAAAUUUAUUAACAGCCAGUAAUAGAACCGAAUUUUCGUACGGCGUUGCCAACAAACUCGAAUAAUUUUGUCUCAUACAGAGAUACGUGACCGUGCAAGCGACGGAAAAAUUUCAGUCGCACCGACCACGAGUCCGAUGAUUAACAGCUCGGCCCUUAACGAGCACUUCGGUUCUACUUAAUUAGAGAUCGGGUAAUUUAUACGGCAGACGCGUUUCACGUUCACCGGUGACGUUCCUUUCUUCCUUUGUGGCAACACUUCCUCCCCUAUCUCACUUUUAUUUCUCACCGUUAAUUGUCCCGCGGCCUUAAAGAAGUGUAAUAAAUUUCCGUCUCGCGAACCUUUCCAUACGGGCGAGGCGGCGCAGCGAUUAAUUAUUUUUCGCUGUUUUAUAUACAGAACUCGGUUUCUUUGUUCACGUGGCAGAAUCGAUCUGCUUGAUCAAUACGAACAAAGAAAGCGCAGGUAGGUUUUUCCUAGCCAUCGUAAAGGCGAGGAAUAUAAAAUAUUUCUUUUAUAUUAGAACUUUUAAUUUGAUUAGAUGCGUCCCUUUUUAUCGAGAUUCAACUAGUAAUUUCUGUAAGAGCCACCGUAACAAAUUUAUUCGAUGAAAAGCCACUCUCAGGAGCCCGUAGCGCUGCACGCUGUGAAAUUUAUUAGUUUUAGAACCGAUAGGAGAUUCUCUAUUGUAUCGUCGAUAAGCUUUUUGACAGAAUUGGUUACUCUCGAGAAUAUUGCCACUAUAAACAAGAAACGCGAUCAAUUUUUAAUAGCCAUGGAUUUUUAUUACGUCAGGGGGGAAUUAUUGGCCGUUAAAUGAAGUUAAACGAGUUUCUUAUUGUUUCUCUCUGACCGAGCAAACAACUUAAAACGAAGUUUUUUUUUUCUGUAAAUACGUGAGAACUAUCUUAAAGGCCGGCGGAAUUUCAAGUGGCUUGAACGCGAACUGAAAAUAAGUGGGUCGAAUCGCAAUUCCACUCGGCUAGUAGGUUUUUUCCACGGGCUGGCAGACGGAUCGAUCUUCGUCUUGCUGAGAUCUGCGUCGAAAUCGGUUUUCCUAACCGGGAGUUACCGCGAACGCCGAUAAUUGAUUUUACAAGUUUCAGUUGGCAAAGCCUUUUCUGUCUGUUUGUAAAUCGUCGGCUCCGGAGUGCAAGCAAUAGAUCGCGAAAUCACGAAACUUUCGCCUGGCGCACGAAGCUCAUAUCGACCGAACGUUUCUCCAACCGUAUAGAUAGGAACGUACGUAAUAUUUGUUUUGCCGCGAUUCGAGAGUUGCUUAGAACUCGCUGCUAUGAUUGAUCGCUAUUGUUUGAAAACCGUAAUUCAGAUUAAAUACGAGUCGAUCCAAGUAUGAAGAACUGUUAGAAUAAUCGAGGCAUUCAGAAACCACGCUGAUCAGCUCCACGAAAUUCAAACGUAGAAGAUGACAGUUUGUUAAAUAACUUUUGUCGCGUUUCGAUUGGUUCCUGAGAUGUAAUACAAAUGAUUAUUUUAUUUCUUCUAUCGAAGAGUCUUUUGAUUGAUAGAAAUGUCAAAGUUUCUAAUGCAGCCGAAGGAUCACAUUAUUAUAGGACAGGAUAUUUAUUUCGUGUACUUCACGUGAUUGUUAACUGUUCAAAUCUCUUCGUGUCAACGUGGAGUUCGGUCAUAAAAUCUCCAAAAUUGGCUAUUAGAAUUUGGUGCGCUUUAUUGGGAUGUGAUUUACGAUAAUCAACGAUAAUCAAGAAUAACGUGGACUAAAAUGGUAUAUAUUACUUUACGAUAGUAAAUUCUAAUUUCGCGGCCAUUUCGCUCGCGUGAGAAAUGCGACAGAGAAAACAUAAAUUAUCGGUGACGAUCGUUGGCAAGGAGUUGUACACGUGCUCGUCUUACGCGGCUAGAAAACUUCUCGUUCACGUCACGGAACGUACCCGGUGAAUUUAAAUUUCGACACGGCCCUGAUUCUGAUUCUCAUCUCUGCUCGUUGGCUUCACGUUCGUCCAUUUGUCUUCGUAUCCACGUUUGUGCCUCUACCACCAUUUUUAUCGAGUUUGCUGGUGCAACCGGAAUUCAAGUAGAUACGAACUCGCGGCUCGAGAUCGCGCGGAAUAUCGUUCAAUUGAAUUUUCGUUAGAAUAGAACUGCGUGUUGCACGAUCGAUGUCGUUCAUCGUUUGCGGCGAGCGCCGUUAACUUUUCCUGAUUCAACUAAUUUUCAAGGAAAUCAGGGAUUACUUUCCGAUGAUAUUCUAUUAUUCUUCUUCGUAUCUCUCUAUUUCCGAGUAAGUUUGUUAUCACCUUCUCUUCAAUCUACGAAGCUCCAUUUUACUGAUCUAAUUGUUUUCAGUGCUCUACAUAAAGAUUUUCAAAUUUACUGCAUCCUUUCUCUUCUGUCUAAUAACAUCCUACACGACGUUUGAGUUAAAUCAAUUCGAUUUGACUUAAUUAAAUGUAAGUAAAAUGAAUUAAGGGAUAUGGUUCGACGAGAAGGAAAGUUCACUGAUUUGCCCAUCUUCAGUUCCGUAUCGAGCCGUGGAAAACAUAGAGUGGCUUGGUCAAGUGCAUCAAGAUUUAUUCAAUGAUUUUCACAAUACAAGAUCGUCUCUCUUUACAGAGACAGCAUCUUCGUUCGAUCUUUUAUCAAUAAAUCUUCUUAGUGUCAGGAAAUAUGCAGAAAAUACUUCAGUCGUGUGUUUCAUCCCCAAUAUUCGCCUAUCUGUUCGUUAUUUAUUGUACGUAGAAUUCGAAUUCGAUGAAAUCCUGCGAUAUCGGGAAUUUCAGAAAAAAUAUAAUGAACGAAACAACGAAUCGCUGAUAAACGGGGUGGGAAAGCAAAGCGACUCAAAGAGUGAGAUAGCUGCAUGGAUCGUAACAAUUUGCAAGCUAUCAAACCGUUGAAUCGAUACGAUCCGAUACCUGUAUGACAGCUGCUAUUGAGAGCGUUGAUGACUAGAAGCUUAGUAAAGCGCGCUUUUGUCGCUGAAUGGGUAUUUUAUCAUGGAAAAUCGUGAUUAAGCGUCGGGAUUGUAAUAUCGAUCGAUCGACCCUUUCGGUUCGGCGUUCGUUUCCUCAAAUUUGAUAUUUCCCUAGCCAGAGGGAAUAAUAGUUAUACAGAUAUAAAAAUGAAAAAAGUCACGAAACUUCGGAUGCGGUCGAGCUUUUUCUGGCAACGGCCAGCAAGUUGGAUAGCCGAGAGCGCAAUGACGAAAGAAGGAAUGGUGUAACAGGAAUUUCAUCAGGCAAAACGUUACAAACAUCAGCCUGUGUUAUUCAGCCACCGCCAUGGAAAACACUCGCACGAUUUUGCUAAAGUUACAUUAACCUCGAUGCAUUCGAGCCGCGAGUUAUUCACGGCAUUUCGAGUAACGCGGUACAUUCUCCAAUUAAUUUAUCUCGCUGGAAUACGAAUUUCCCUGUUACAUCCGGCAGGUUGAGGCUGAUGAACAAACAUCCGUUAAAAAGAAACAAUAUACGUGUUUCGGAAUGUUGCAGUUCGUGUUUACCUCUUGACAUAAUGCAAUGGCGAUCAAUUCAGAUUAACUGACUUAAAAAAUAAUUACUUCUUUAUUUUGAAAAUUUUAUAUAUAUCUACAUCAGAUGUUAGGUCGUUCGGAAAGUUUGUAUUAUUCUUUAUGCUUGAUAGAUUUUAUUGUGUGUUCGGCGAGGUUGGGAGGAAAUUGUUUAUUGCGUCGUUCUGAUAAAUAAUAAAACGUUGAAUUCUUAAUCAGGCAUUAAGUACAAUAUUUACAUCUUAAACAAUCGAUGCUUUUAGCUUUUCAUAGGAAAUGAAUUGUAAUGUUUAAUAGAAUUUAACAUAAUAAAAGACAGUAAAAUAGA